AUGGCCAGCAUAACAGGCUUCCCCCUGUUUUACGACGGGAACUUCAACAUCCUCAUAAACCCCGAUAUGUACAGUCUACAUGCUUCGGUUCUAGGGGCUAAGUCGCGCUUCUUCAAGGCCGCUUGUGCCAGGAGUAAUGAGCCUGGACAGUUUGGCGCGACCCGGUUGGUGCUUGUCCCGUCAACUAUGCAUACCAGGGGCGUCCUCCAAUUUCAGACUUUCGAAAGCUAUAACUGGCAGAUUGAGCGCGCGCUGUCGCCUAUCGGCAUCGUUUGGCCUGAGAGCCUCCGCAAACGCUGGGCAAGCAUGUUCAGAUUAAUUUAUAAUAUGGAUCCUCUAAUUCAAAGUUGGGAUUCAGAGUCAAUAGUCCUGGAAGCAGAAGACCUCGUGCAAAUUGCGGAGGAUAUAGGUGCUAGCUGGGAGGUCAUGAAAGCCCUAGAGACAGCGCUCUUGCACAUCGACCGGCUGACUCUGUAUUCUAUUGUGUGGCAACCGGCCAGUUGGGUCAACCUGGGGAUACGCAUGCGCUCCGCUGUGAUCUACCAAGAAGCCGUGAUUCAUCUCGUGGGUAAAUGGAAAGCCUUAAACGCAACGAUUAUCGAUUCUCUUGAGCCCUACACUCGUUGUCUCUGUCAGAAGAAGUACCAAGAGCUUGUUCUGAGAAAGAAGACUGUCGAGUGCCAAAUCCUCAGUCACUACCCCAGAUCUUUGCACUGCGAAGCAGAUGGAAACCUUAGCUGCGCUUCCUACGCAAACGACAUCCACACGUGGAUGGCAAUCUCUUUCUUCCGCCAGUGGUUCAGCCACUCGAUCGUGCUGUGCCGUAACUACGUCGCUGCGGAUGGAGGUGCAGCCUUCUAUCGCAGGAUCGGUGGUGUGGAUACUUACCUCACUUCCCAGGAAAUGCCUUACUUCAAUCUUAGAUUCCCGAUGAGUACCAAGGGGCGUGCUGUGUUUGAGGCGAAGGUGCGGGAGUUGAAGGAAGAAAUUAGGCCUUUUGUCGAUGAUCUCCUUGUCAACAAUAGUAGAUACACCUUUGAUGAGCUUCCUCAUCUGACGUGCUGUUGGGUUGAUGAGGAGGAUCUGCCUUGGGUUGAUGCGGAAGACGCCGACGACAGCGAAAGCGAUGGACAGUGUGAAGCUGCUUUGAAGAUCGACGAAAGUAAGAUGUGUCUUGGGAUGCAAAAAGCUGUCAGCUACAGCAGUGGUAGCACCACGCAGUCUGCUCAUAGUCAGACCCCAAACUUCGGCAACAUAGAUAUAUAUCCAGGUGCUCUGGGAUAUCCGACUCCAUCCGACAAUCUCUAUCCACCGGGACAUCUCCCUUGGGGAUCCAAUACCAAUACCGGCAAUACCGAGAGGUUCUUGACAGGCCAAACAAAUCCUUCAUUCAUGGAUUCCCAUUCUGGCUGGCUGAUGAAUCCAUGA